GUCCCAGCAGGCACCGGGGAUGUGUCUGUAUAUCUAAAGUACUUAAAAACACCGGUUUUAUUGAACGUGAGUAUGAAUUUCAUUCAGCCUGCACAAUGAGCUUCUUCUGCACACCCUCCUGCAGGCAGCAGUCACUUCUCCAGUGGAUCCAGACACUGAUGAAGAAGUGAAACUUCCAGCUUCUCAUUUCCUUGUUUCUGGGCUUUGCCUCUGCGGUGCCUGCUUCAUAAGCUGCACCGAGACUCUGUGGCAGCUGUCCUUCUAGAGACUGUGCUGCUGUUUGCAAAGGCAAAACCUGGUUUUUAAAGCGAUGUGUGCCCCUCGUUCCCUCCUCCCUGCGCUGCUCAUCACAUGCUGCUUCCUGGCGGGACCCAACAGUCGCGUGGCGGGCCAGAAGAAGACCUCCUGCCAGGUGCGAGACGGCAGGGCUGACUGCAGCCACCUCAGCCUUAGUGCGGUCCCCCCAAACCUUCCCAGGAACAUCACCAGCCUGGACGUGUCUCACAACAGGCUGCAGGGGAUUCCACCCGUGUCGCUCACCCCAUACCCGGGCCUCCUCCACCUUGAUGUCAGCUACAACAGUAUCACCAAGCUGGACGGAGGUUUGUGUCAGACUCUGCCUUUGCUGCAGACGCUGAACAUGCAACACAACCAGGUGCUGUUGCUGAGGAGGGAGGAUUUGAGCCACUGCACCAAACUAACCCGGCUGAUCAUGGCGAGUAACCGGCUAAGGCUACAAGGAGAACCCUUCUCUGCACUGCAGAGCCUGAAAUUUCUUGAUGUUUCCACCAACAAGCUGCCGUCAGCCAAGCUCGGCUCCCAGCGUCAGCUGCCCAGCCUGGUGAACCUCAACCUGGCGUUCAAUGACUUCAGCACUCUGAAGAAAGACGACUUUUCCUUCCUUAACCACUCGUCCUCUCUGCAAGUCCUCAACCUGUCAUCGGUGUCGCUGAAAACACUUGAGCCCGGUUGCUUCCAUCCCAUUUCAAGCCUGCGUACUUUAAUCAUGGACGGGAGCAACAUGGGCACUCUGGUUAUUGCUAAACUCUGCUCGGAGCUGUCAUCGACGGCCAUCGAUGCGCUGUCUCUUCGGAAAAUGAAGCUGGUCACACUCACCAACACGACCUUUCGAGGGCUGCAGGAAACAAAUCUAACCUUUCUGGAUCUGUCCGGUAAUGGCAUGGGUAAGAUCGAAAAAGGCUCGUUUCUGUGGCUGUCCAGACUUGAGACGCUGAUUCUGGUGGACAACAACAUCAAGCACCUGACCAAGGACACAUUUCAGGGGCUCGAAGGUUUGAAAAAACUCCAGCUGACGAAGGCUCUGGUGAAAAGUCACACCUCCGCCAUCCCGAUUAUUGAUGAUUUCUCCUUCCAGCCAUUGAGCUCCCUGGAGAGUUUGAUAUUGCAGAGAACUGCGGUCCGGGAAAUCACAGAGCAAACAUUCACAGGCUUGACGAGUCUUAAAGAGCUCGACAUGAGCUGGAGUACUUAUCCCUCGCUCAGAGACAUCACCAACAAGACCUUUGUCUCCCUCGCCGGAUCACAGCUCAGAAAGCUCAAUCUGACUGGGACGGCUAUAAAUCAUAUCAGUCCCGGAGGCUUCUCUGUUCUCGGAAACCUCAGCACCCUUCUUCUAGACUCCAACUUUAUCAAGCAAACUCUCACUGGCAAAGAGUUUGAAGGUCUGGACCAAGUUCAAGAGAUUCACAUGUCCAAUAACUUCCAGACGGUCAAUCUAAGCCACACUUCGUUCGUCAAUGUGCCCAAUCUCCGGGUCCUGACUUUGGGAAAAAGUCUUAAAGCCACAGCGUUGAACCUGGACCCCUCUCCGUUCAGGCCCCUGUCCAACCUCGCCCUCCUGGAUCUCAGCAACAACAACAUUGCGAACAUCAGAGAGAACAUGUUGGAGGGGCUUGUGAACCUGAAGGUGCUGAAGCUCCAACACAAUAACUUAGCCCGUUUGUGGAAGAGCGCCAACCAAGGUGGGCCAGUGUUGUUUCUGAAAUGGGCGCAGAACUUAAUGACCUUGCUGAUGGAUAAUAACGGGCUGGACGAGAUCCCGGCAGAGGCUCUGAGAGGCCUGAGUGACCUCCAUGAACUAAGCUUGGCGAGCAACCUCCUCAAUAAUCUCAAGGAGUCCAUUUUUGAUGACCUGAAGUCACUGCAGGCUUUAUUUUUACAAAAGAAUCUGAUCACAAGUGUGAGGCCCGGAGUGUUCAAAGUUCCCAUGAGCAACCUCAGCCUGCUCUUCAUGGACAAAAAUCCGUUUGACUGCACGUGCGAGAGCAUCCUGUGGUUCGUGACAUGGCUGAAUAGCACAAAUAUGACCGGCGUGCCUGGCGUCAGGGAGCAGUAUAUGUGCAACACUCCACUGGCUUACUUCAACCGCUCCAUCAUGGAUUUUGACACCCUCUCUUGCAAAGACAUGACCCCGUUUCAGGCUCUUUACAUACUGAGCAGCACAGCUGUCAUCAUGCUGACUGUAAUUGCGCUUGUGGUGCGGUUCGAUGGCUGGAGGAUUCAGUUUUACUGGAACAUACUGAUCAAUCGCACAUUGGGAUUUAGCGACGCCACAGUCGAAGAGGGCAGGGAGUACGAGUACGACGCUUACGUCAUAUAUGCAGAGAAGGACAGGAGCUGGGUGGAGAGAAGGAUGGUCCCCUUGGAGAAUGAAAAGUGCAGGUUUUAUUUGGAGGAUCGGGAUUCGGUCCCCGGCAUGUCGCAGCUCGAAUCCAUUGUGGACAAUAUGAGGAAGUCACGAAAAAUCUUGUUUGUCGUCACUGAAACUCUCCUCAGAGAUCCCUGGUGUAGACGAUUUAAAGCCCAUCACGCCCUUCACCAGGUCAUUGAAGCCAGCAGGGACUCUGUGGUUCUGGUCUUCCUGCAGGAUGUUCACGACUACAAGCUGUCUCGCUCACUCUUCCUCCGCAGGGGCAUGUUGCGUCCGUGCUGCAUCCUGGACUGGCCUGUCCACAAGGAGAGGGUACCAGCCUUUCACCAGAAGCUCCUCAUAGCACUUGGCAUGACUAACCGAUUGCAGGACUGACUGUAUGCCAUCGCUAGUAAUUCCCUUUGUGAUAAUAAUUACCAAUGCAUGUUCAGUUAUCACUACUUUCUAACAAUUGCUGAUUUUUCUGUCAUUUUUUGUGUAUUUGUUAUUUGCCUGUUCAAGUCUUUGGUACAAAAACUUGUCUGAGGUACAAAAAUUAUCAUGCUAUUCUUUUAAACUCCAGCUGAGCAGGUACAGUUACAUGUAAAGUGUAAGUUAUCUAUAAAAACAACUAAAUUAACUCAAAGAAGUUAUGAUUUUUAUUUCUUGGUUACAGUUAUUGUUGUGCGAUGGCAGAAGGUGACUUUUAAAUGAAUGAUAUAGCUGAAAAAGUCUGUUUUUACACAGCAAUCUUCGUCACGCAGGGAUCAGUGUGAGCAGAGAAUGACUCUAUGGACACCUAGUGGUUGUAGUGAGGAACUGCACCAUUUUCUUUGCCUCAAAGAUUAAAAUCUUCUGUUACUGAUCUGAUCUGAGCUCAAUACAAAACAGCAUAUUGUCAUUGUUCAGUUUGGUAACGCCAGAUUUUUAUUCUUAAUAGAAAUAGCAGUCUUACAGGAGAUGGAGAUGAUGGCCAGAUGUAAUUGCAGCAGUUUAUUCCUCUUUACUGUAUGUUAUGAUUUAAAAGCCAGUUCCAUAGCCUCAGUGGCGUUUUCUUUCUAAGCUUCUAAAUGUUAGUGAGAAACACGCCCUGUGUAGUUAAUCCAUUUGUGAUUUCUGUUUACGCCUCAAGGCUUUAAACUAACUCAGUCUGCAAGAUUAGGGAUUGAUCAAGGUGAGAGCUGGACUUCCUAGAAAGAAGCCAUUUGAAGUUUGCAGAAUACACACUUUUAGAAGUAAGCUAAAAAGAUCAAUAAUAAUUUAGAGUUUUCUUAUUUUACUGCUUCAGUUAACUGUUGAGUUAUAUUCUGAAAAGCAUUAAACCCU